GACAGUUUCGUAUGCACUGCACACUCACUGAAUUCCUACUAAGUAAGGUUUUUUCAAAGAGUAAAGGUUUUUUAAUCUAUGCAACAUUUUUAUCUGCUGUCAGUCGCUCGUUGCAUCAUCGGUUUUAGGAUUUGAAACCAUGUCCAAGCCAACCGAUAAAAUUAUUCCUGUAGUCAAGGCUGAGGAGGAGGAGGCCGCCGAGGAGGAAGAUCUGGUAGACCCUCAGCAGGAACUAAGGGAUGCGUGUGCUCAGAAACAGGAUGCUCAAGCUCAGUGGGGGGUUUACCAAGAAUGUAAUGAUCGUGUAAAUUCCCGAUCCAACACUGCAGAGACCUGUGAACAGGAACUCAUUGACUAUCUGUAUGUCCUAGACCAUUGUGUUGGUAAGGAAAUCUUUAAAAAGCUAAAGUAAAGUUGACAACAAUUUCAAAAGUAGUGUUAUUUUAUUGUCAUCAUGAUGUGAAGGGUCUAGGUCUAUUUAUUAGUUUAUUUCUUUAAGUAAAAGUGUGAGAAUUGACAGAUGUUGUUGUUACAGUUUAUUUGUAAAUAAAAAUAAUCACAGUUACAA